AUGAAAGAUUGUGAGAGCUUGAUUUUAAUUCACGAGAGCAUUGGGGAUCUAAAAACUCUCCUUCAUCUUAAUCUAAAAGGUUGCAAGAGUCUCAAAGAUCUUCCUAGAAGCAUCUACAAGUUGAAAUCAUUGAAGACUUUCAUUAUUUCUGGGUGUUCAUCGAUUGACCAUUUAGAAGAAGACAUUGAGCAAAUGGAGUCUUUGACGGCUCUUAUGGCAGAUAACAUUUCCAUAACACAACUACCCAAGUCAGUAGCAAGAUUGAAAGGGCUUAAGCGUGGAUAUGUAUCUUUCGCUGGUCAUGAAGGAAAAGGGCAAGAUAUAUUUCCUUCUCUCGUAUGGUCUUGGAUGUCACCUCAUGAUUUUCCUCAAUCCGGUAUUGAAGAAUCUAUGCAAAGCGUAUCAUCGAUAGCUGCCUCAAUUGGACGGAAUAGUGGCUUGCGGGGUCUAUGUCAAUUUCUGGGCGAUCUUGUGAAGCUUCCAGAUACACCCGAGAUCUCAAUGAUGGAAGCUUCUGCGUCAUCUAAGGGCCAUGAUGACCAAGUUCACAGUGCAAGGUCAGCAGAUUCCGUCAAUUCUCUUUUACUUCAACUGGGAGAGUGCGACAAAGCAGAGUUGCUAAAAGAGAAACUUUUACAGGGAUGGAAGUAUUGUGGGUGGGAUGAUUCUCACCUACCUGGUGAUCAGGAUUCUGAUUGGUUCAUCUUCAAGGGUGAAGGCUGCUCCGUAAUUUUGAAGGUGCCACAAAUCAUAGGUUGUCAGUUGAAAGCGGUGCUUCUCAAUGUUGGCUCAUUAUAA